CUUUUUGUCUAUAUUAUAGUAUGUAUAUUAAUAUCAAGAUGUGGUGCAACAUUUAAAAGACAUUCAAACGAUUUUUGGUGUUAUUACAGAGAGAUGAAGGACUUUGUAUUAACAGUUGUAUUCUUUUGGAGUCACAUUGGCGCUGUAUUAUGUGUUUGUAAAGACCGUACCCCUCUUGGCAUGUGGAAUGGCUUGAUAAAAUCAAAUCAAAUUUCUGCUGAAUCAUCAUAUAGUCGGGAUUAUAAUCCAGCUCAAGCAAGAAUAUAUUCUUCUAAAGCAUGGUGUGGAGGUACAGGGAGUAGGAUAGGAGAUUAUAAAACAAAGUGGUUUCAGGUCCAUUUUAAUACAAGGACAACAGUUAAUGGAAUUGCUAUUCGAGGUGAUCCAGGUGGUUCUAGUAAUUACGUAACAAAAUUUAAACUUCAAUACUCAAUUGAUGGAAACACUUUUCAAGACUUUGGCGAUGAAUUUGCAGGAAACAGUGACAAUAAAAAUGUGGUGUACAACUGGUUUACUACAUCGAUGAGUGCUACACAUGUUCGUUUGUAUGCAACACAGAUAUUUAGAAGUUGGGAUGAUCAAGCUCAUCCAUGCAUGCGAAUAGAACUUUAUGGUUGUUUACAAAACAACAUUCAUUUACCACUCGGUAUGGCACGCACUAUCAUAACAAAUUCGCAAUUAUCAAGAAGUACAGGUUAUAAUAAAGAAAAUGCAAGAUUAUUUCAUCCUGGAACUGGGAUGUAUAGACCGGAUAACAAUCCAGUGUACUUGCAAAUUGAUUUUUUUAAACAAAAAACUAUCACUGGUAUAUCCAUACAGGGUUCAUUUGGAAAUGGUAUAAGUAACCAGAACUUUGUGAAAAAAUACAAACUGAGUUAUUCAUAUUAUGGUACACAGUUUAGCCAAUUAAAUCAGGAAAUUCAAGUAGAUGCUAGUUUUGGCGAGGAAAUAGUCUUUAACACGUUAUCACAACUCACGUUCAUCAAAAGUCUCAGGAUUCGGCCAACAUCUUGUGAAGGAAAUUGUGGUAUGAAAGUCGAAGUUUAUGGUUAUGAUGCAGUAUGUUCAAACACUCUGACACAAAUGACUAUAACUGGUGCAUCUGGAAAGAAUAUUACUAUUGACAGUCCAACUGCAUGGUGUAAAACACAAGCUUCAACUUACCUUUAUGUUGCAUUCAAAAGUAAAAUAGUGGUUUCUGGUAUAAUUUUACAAGGAGAUUCGAAUAAUAACGGCUGGGUAAAGACCUACAAGAUACAACAUGGAUCUCCAGCGCACCUUCGCCAGAAUUUAAUUGGUGUCUCUGAACGAAUAUCUCCAUUAUCUGUAAAUUGGUUAAAUCCUUACAUUGUCACAAAUCAUUUGUAUAUCAUUCCAACAUCGUGCAGCCAUGACAGAUGCUGCAUGAGACUCCAACUAAAAGGCUGUCAAAUAGUUCUUGCAAAGCCUCAUUCAAUAAAAGCAAGUUUAUCUUCAUCCGAAAUCAGAUUUACAUGGAAAGCACCAGUGUCUCAUCCUCUUUCAGUCUCCAAAUACCAUAUUAAAAUUACAGCUUCAAAGGAUUUUCCACAUACGCAUAGUUUGUUCUUCAACACAAUUUAUACUACUACGUACAUAUUGAGUUAUAUACUAGAAUAUGUAACCUUUGCUGCAGCUCGUGUUCGAAUUGUUAUUACAGCAGAUAUUCAUGAUAUAACAAAAUCUUCUGAACCGUUUGACUUUUAUGUGCAACCAAAAGAUCCGCCACCACCUGGGCUAGCUACAAGUAGUAAUGGAGAAAACACAACGAUUGUCACAUUAACUUCUUCAUCAGAUAUUCACGGACCAAUAAGCUAUUACGAAAUUGUGAUAUCAACUACGAGAAAGUCAAAUCUACCAACUCUGAUAAACAAUCAAAAAGAAUCAGAGUUAAAGAAUCUGGAUUAUUUUCUUGCUGCUACAGUUAAGGACCUUCCAGCAGAUGGUAUUAAAUAUUAUUUUGUGGAAGGCCAGGAAAAUAUUGAUGGUUUAAAUGCAAAAAUAUCAGUUAUUGGAAAAUAUUAUAUUUAUGCUAGAGCUGUUAUAAAUGGAAAGGACAUUACAAAGUAUGGUUUCCAAAACAUCAAUUAUAAUGGAGUUUUAUCUCAAAAUGUUGUUAUUGAACGCAAUGCAUUAAAGACGCUUGUUCCUGAAGUUUUGAACCGGACGAAGACAUCUGUUGCAUUAGUAAAAGGACCUUUAAAUUUGAAAUAUCAUUAUAUUAUAAUGAUGAAAGUUAACAAAACAACCUGGCAGAAAAAAGAACCAAAAUUUUACCAGCAGAACGACUUGAAGACAUAUGAAACUGCUGAUUAUAAUCAGCCUUACAUAGCUGGUGUAUUUAACAAAACACAAUUACUCAAUGUUAGUGAGUUUGUGCUAGGUAAUAAUAUUACAUACACAUUACCGUCAAAGUCUGGUAGAAGAAGAAGAAGAUCCAUAAUAGAGUAUAGAAAUGGACCCUUAGUUGGAGGUGAAACAUAUGCUGUAUUUCAAAGGCUUAAUGUACAGGAUGAUUUGUAUUCUACAUUAUGGUCAAAAGAGUUUGUUGCUCCCAAAGAUGAUACACAGGCUGCACCGAAGCCUGGAAAACAAAAUCCAACAUCAUCCAAUAUUGGGUUAAUAGCAGGCAUUGCAGCUGCUGGUGUUAUUGUCUUAAUUGCAAUUAUUGUUGUCAUCAUCUUCAUAAAAAGACGGCGUAAACCCUUGAAGCGUUCUGGUGACGAUCGCGAUUCUGCAACUUCCAUAAAGCUGAAAAGUCAAGAUGAGUUUAAAAUGCAAGAAAACAAUUAUGACGAGAUUAAUGCAGGACCGUCAAACGAAUCUUACUACAAUAUUCCUUUGAAACCUAAAUUUCCGCCACUUUCCAUUCAAGAAUUUUUGUCAUUUUAUUUGGAACAAAAAGAUAAUGUUAGCUCAGACAUUGUGAAACAAUACAAAAGUGUUCCAAUGGAGCGUUUGCAUGACUGCGAAGUUGGUUUGAUGUCUCAAAAUAAAGAUAAAAAUCGUUACUUGAACGUCACUGCAUAUGACCAUACUCGUGUUGUCUUGCAGGAAAUUACUGGUGAAGAGACUAGUGAUUACAUUAAUGCAAACUAUAUUCAGAACUACUCUGGAGAAGUUGAAUAUAUUGCAGCUCAAGGACCGAAAAAAGAAACAAUUUUUGAUUUUUGGCGCAUGGUGCUUGGUGAAAAACCUGCAGCUGUUAUCAUGCUUACAAAUAUAGUAGAGGAUGGUAAGCCAAAAUGUGCGCAGUAUUGGCCAAAGAAUAACGGGAAGCGAGUUUAUAAUGGUAUUGAAGUGGAAGUGAUGGAAGUACAAGUAUAUGCUGACUAUGUAAUUCGUAAAAUGAAAGUGAGUUACGAAUAUAACAAACAUCAAUUUAUGCAUUUGCACUUCACUUCCUGGCCUGACCAUGGCUGUCCAGAAUACCCCACAUUGCUGCUAAAUUUCUGCUAUAGAGUGAGACAACUCAUUCCAUAUGAAAGUGGAAAGCAACUUCUUGUGCAUUGUAGUGCUGGUGUUGGCAGAACUGGAUCAUAUAUUAUCAUUGACGCGAUGCUGCAUUUGAUGAAAACAAAACAUCUCGUUGACAUAUACAACUACUUUGAAAGUAUUCGACAAAAUCGCGUCCAAAUGGUGCAAACAGUUGAGCAGUACAAAUUCGUUCACAGUGCGAUUUACGAAGCCUUGUGUUGUGGUUAUACUGGUGUAGCCGCAUCAAUAUUCCCAGAGACUUUCCGAAAUUUAAUAUCAAAGAAGCAAGGCGGAAAGUUUCUUUUGGAAAUAGAAUUUGAGCGUUUAAAUAGCGUAAAUAUACCUUUUGGUGAAGGUAACUUCAAAACGGCAAUGUUGGAAGAAAAUGCCAGUAAGAACAGAUACCCAGAUAUAUUAGCAGGUGACUUCUUACGUGUAUUCUUACCACAAACACCAAAUUCUACCGAUUAUAUCAAUGCUGUUUUUGUAAACGGUUAUAAAAAGAAAGAUGGUAUCAUAGCUACACAGGCCCCGUUAGUUGGAACAUUGAAUGACUUCUGGGUUGUUGUUAUGGAGCGCGAUGUGACUACUAUUGUUAUGUUGAAUAGCACAGACGAGAACUAUCAUAACUUUCCAUCAUUCUGUCCAGUCCAAGGCUCCGAAGACUUUGGUGCUGUUACAGUGAGGGUAGAAUCAAACGCGCGAGUUGGAAAUAUCAACAUGCAGUCUUUCAUUGUAUCCGAUAACACGACAGAGCGCAAAGUUAAUAAGUUGCAACUGAACUGGCCGAAUCAUGAUAUUCCUGAUUCCAACUCGUUAUUAACUUUAAUUGGAGAAGUCUUGAAGUCGCAACAAUUUUAUGGAGAUGGGACUAUUUUGGUUACGUGCAGUGAUGGUGCCAAUCGCAGUGGAACUUUCAUAGCGUGUAUGAACGCAUUAGAUCAAUUGAAAGUUGAACAACAUAUUGAUGUGUUCCAAACUGUUCGAAGAAUGAGGUUGGUCAGACCAGAAUUUGUCGAAAACUUACGACAAUAUCAACUUAUUUACACAGUAUUAAAUACGUAUUUGGAUUCGUUUUCAACAUAUUCAAAUUUUAAUUGACUGUAAAGAAGAUAUUAUGAUUGCCCUGUUGCCUUAUUUAACUUGACAUAUCUAUAUAUCAGCAAUAUCAAUGUGGACAGAAAUUAUUAUUAAUGUGGACACAAAUUAUUGUCUUAGUGUUUCGAGAAGGUAUUGUAUUAAUGUCUCUGCCCAGCAAGGCAUUUUUCCACCCUGGGCUAGGAUAUAUUUUUAAAUAUUAUUUUUAAAGUAAUUUAUGUAAAGUUUUGAACUUUUUAUUUUUUUCAAAUGCAUUCGUAACAAACAUUUUGUAGGAAUUUGAAUUGAUUGUAUUUUUUUAAAUCC